GUCUCACAUGCUAAGUCCCGCUCUGGAGAAUCGGCCCCGCAUUUAGGGUCGUCGCUAAACUUGACAGGCCGUCUGCUGUCUGGAUCCGGCAAUCCACACUUCUAUCAGGAGAACGCAUUGUUCUGCUUUACUUUGUGAACAUCACUUCAUAGGUCUUGUUCCCCCACCCAGUGUUUUCGCAAACGUGCAGAGAUGCGUUCUUUGCAAAGCCGCCCUGCGUCGACUUUUAGGCCGUGCAAGGGCUCUAACCGCAUUGUGCGUAUGCGAUCAACAGCUGCCCAACCCAUCAGCACGAUGGAGCUGAAACCGGAUGUAGCGCAGAAGCUGCGGCACGCGGAGGCGGUUUGCUUUGAUGUAGACAGCACAUUCUGUGAGGACGAGUCAAUCGACGAGCUUGCAGCCUACCUCGGCGUGGGCGAGCAGGUGGCCGCGCUGACUGCCAAGGCCAUGGGUGGCACCGUUGAGUUUAAGGAGGCUCUGCGCACGCGGCUGGGUGUCAUGCACCCCAGCCGCCAGGCAGUGGACAAGUUCCUAGCAGACCACCCACACCGGGUGACCAAGGGCAUCCCGGAGCUGGUGGCGCUGCUGAAGGCGCGGGGGCAGGAGGUGUUCCUGGUGUCGGGCGGCUUCCGGCAGAUCAUCCACCCACUGGCGGAGUCGCUGGGCAUCCCGCUGUCGCACGUGUUUGCCAACUCCAUCCUGUUUGACCAUGAUGGCCGCUAUGCGGGCUUUGACGAGAGCGAGUUUACUUGCCGCAGUGGCGGCAAGCCUGCUGCUAUUAGGCACAUCAAGGAGAAGUACGGGUACGAGGAGGUGGUGAUGGUGGGCGACGGCGCCACGGAUGCCGAGGCGCGGUCAGAGGGCGCUGCCAGCCUGUUCAUUGGCUACGGCGGCGUGGUGGUGCGCCCCACAGUGGCCGCCCAGGCGGACUGGUACAUCAUGGACAUACAGCAGAUGAUCGACGUGCUGAAGGCCGCACCGCCCGCCAACGCGCACUGAGCAUGUGACGGCGGCAGGAGGAAAAGUGUUGUUAGCACCAGGAACGGGGUUGGGGUGGCACGCAGCAAGCGUCAGCGGCGUGCACAAGCUGGUCGUGGAAUCGUAGGUCAUGCUGCCGUGGGGCUCACGUCGAGCCGCGAUUGAGUGAAUAGAAUGAGGCGCGUAUCAUAGUUUGGAUGUGACGGAACCGCCGGGCACUUUGCCUGGCGUGCUUCAGGGGCGCGUCAUGGUUAGCUCCAAGCUGGCACCAUGAUGUCGUCGAGCCCACAGGGCCUGGUGCAUGCAUAGCUCGGAAUGUGCCAUAUUUGGCCCACUUUUGGCCCAGACCGCUACAGGGCUUCCUAGGCGCCCGCACUUGACAAAACAUUGAUAUAUACACUAUAUAUGAUUAUUGCACGGGUUGGGGGUCAAAAGGGCGCGCUGGGCGAGUGGAUUCUGGGGGCCGGGUUUUGGGGGGAAAACUGAGGGGCGACCCCAAAUUGGCCCACCGGGCCGCGAGACGUUUUGGUCAUCCCUGCCGGCGAUUUGUCGAUUUCGAUACCCUAUAGAUGUCAUAUGAGGAUUGUUGCAACCGUCCGGGCAGGAUUGGGAGUGUUCUGGGUGCACAUCGCUCCUUAAAUGCUCAACAUGUUGUUUCGUUUGUCGUCUGCAGGCGCAUUCCGGCGUGCACUAAUCACCAAAGGAUAAACAUCAACAGAUACUAAAUGCGCAAACCAGUUAGCCUGCAGUCCGUCUGCUCCACACGCCAUAUCUCGCAUAGGCGGUGUUUUGUUCCUAGAUUUCAUGCCGUCGAGUUAUCUGCACACUAAGAUGUAAGCUAGAUAGCUUCGAGCCGAAUUGGCGGGGUCCGAGCAAGCGCGACAUUUGACAUUUUGACUUUGACAUUCAUGUCCAGAAACUGUUCAGAGACCUUUAUGUAUGUCACAUGAUGCCAUUUCGAUGCUAUAGGGGCCUUUACUCAUGCAGUCCCCAGGCACUCGCCGGAGCGGCAUCCGCCGCACCGAGCCCAGCAGGGCCAGCCCUUGUUUGCCCAUUCAAGCUCGCAAAGCUAUCACUUACACGUAAAGGAUAAUUUAUAUGCAGAGAACCGGGUUGUCAGGCACGCUUUCGAGAACCAGGGCGUGGGCUCUGGCGAGUGGGCCAAAUAAUCGGGCGGGCGCGCAGGGUCGUUUUCGGGGACUGGUCGGGAAUCGCCCUCUUACUGGCCUCCCAGUCCUUGGAUAAUCCUAAUCUAAUAUAAGCAUGCAAAAUUAAAUCAGGCAGGCUCUGAAUCCGUGCGGGCCAGCCGCACGGGCAAGUGGGCCAAAUUGGGGUAGGCUGGCAAUUAGGCACAUUCCGAGCUAGCUUGACUCCGCGGAACCGAACAACAGUUUGUGCCCAAACAUGGCAAGUAGUGAGCGGUGAAGAGGCAAGAACCUGAUUCAGGGAUGCUAAGGAGGGAAGACAGAUUCAAGUGAUCCUCACUGUUAUUACGAGCGGUUGAUUUGCGGAAGUACGUGUUGUAAGUACAAGCACGAGGUGCUGCACGUGGGUGAUGCGUUGCAGGUGAUGCGUUGUGCGACCAGCGCUCGUAUCUUCCUUCGUUCGGAACGAAAUUUGCCCAAAAAGGCCUCUGGCGGACGAAAUUUUUUUGAUCUUGGCGUGGAAUUUCGGCCAAAACGCACGGGAUCUUGGGGGGUCUUUCGGCAAACAGACGAAGACAUUUUUGGGAUUUCGGCCACUUUUGGCCAAGGACAGGGGGUUCCCGCGGCUACUCCACGGCCGAAACCUGCGUGGCAUAUGGUAAGAAGGCUCAAAGGGCUGUAUCUAUGGGUGUUGACGGCGGGAGACAGGGUUUCCCCUGGCGGGAGAGUGAGGUUGGGUGGGUCAGCGGGAAGCAGGGGAGGAGUGGGCGUGUCGUGUCGGUGUCGACCUCGUGCGGGUCGGGGGCGGAGCCCCCGGAAAAUUUUGGGGGUGAACGAAGCGGCGGCAGCCUAUUUCGUCAACUAAACGAAGCCAUUUUAAGGAAUUCGGCCACUGACGCCGCCCCUGCCUUCGUAAGAUACGAGCGCUGUGUGCGACUGUAGGUACCGCUAGGCACGGGGUGAGACACACCGGUGGCAACGCACAGAAUGAUGAUCACAGCGACCUGGUAAUGGAACCUUGG